AAAUGAAAGUAUUUUAAUCUAAUCUUUAACAUUAUUGCUUUACCUUUGAAGAGUUCACUUCAAUUCCUCGAUGGGGUUCGCUGCCGCUGCUGCUGCUUCUUCUUCUUCAUCACCAUCAUCCUUCUUAAAAUCAGAACCGGUGUUCAAACACGAUGUGUUCAUCAACUUUGGGGGAGAAGACAUCGGUAGAAAGUUUGUUUCUCAUCUCCAUUCUGCCCUUUUACAAGCUCAAGUCAAAACUUUUAUUAGCCAGGAGAAUCUGCUCGAGGGAGUGAAGCUGGAAGAGCAGAUGCGCGCAAUAGGAGGCACUAAGAUUACAAUAAUCGUUUUCUCCAAAUCAUACACUGAAUCUGCUUGUUGUCUUCUUGAGCUUGAAAAAAUCAUCGAAUGCCACGAAACAUUUGGCCAAAUAGUUCUGCCCGUAUUUUACGAGAUUGACCCAUUGGAUGUACGUGAUCAGAAGGAUGAUUUUGGAAAAGCGUUGGAAGAAACUGCACACAAAAGCUACUCAGGAGAACAGGUGGAACAUGCACUGUCCAGCUGGACCCGUGCGCUCACCACAACUGCAGGUAUCACUGGUUGGGAUGUCAGAGAUUUCAGGCAUGAUGCUAAACUUGUAGAGCGAAUUGUUAGCCGCGUUACGACAUUACUGGACUAUAAAGACUUGUUUGUUACCCAAUAUCCUGUUGGAUUAGAGUCUCCCGUGGAGACGUGAUUAAAUGUAUUGAAAAUCAAUCCACCAAAGUGUGUGUGAUAGGAAUAUGGGGAAUGGGAGGAUCGGGUAAAACAACCUUAGUCAAAGCCAUCUACAAUCGAACUUAUCAUCAAUUCAUUGGUAAGAGUUUUAUUGAGAAUAUUAGUGAAGCUUGGGAUUCAGAAAAUGAAAGGUACGUUGAUUUGCAAGAAAAUCUUCUUUCUGAUGUCCUAAAAUCCAAGUUGGAUGUGGAAAGCGUUGGGAUGGGAAGAACAUUGAUCGAGAAUAGACUUUCUCGGAAAAAGUUGUUCAUUGUGCUUGAUGAUGUGAAUGAGUUUGGCCAAUUAGAAAACCUGUGCGGGUGUCGUGAAUGGUUCGGUCAAGGAACUGUGAUAAUCAUUACAACUAGAGAUGUUCGUUUGCUGAACCUACUCAGAGUUAAUUAUUGUAGAGAAGCAAUAAUUCCCUUGAGCUUUUAAGUUGGCAUGCUUUUAGAGAAGCAAAACCAAGAAAAGAAUGGAAUGACCUUGCAAGAUGCAUAGUUGAUUAUUGUAGAGGACUACCACUAGCUCUUCAGUCCCUUGGUUCCCAUUUAUUUGAUAGGACAAUAGAAGUGUGGAAAAGUCUAUUGUCGAAACUAAAACAAUUUCCCACGAAUCAAGUUCAAUCAGUAUUAAAAAUAAGUUUUGACGGUUUAAAUGAUACGGAAAAGGAUAUAUUUCUUGAUGUAUGUUGUUUCUUUAUUGGCAAACAAAGAAACUAUGUCAUAGAUAUAUUAAAUGGCUGUGGACUACGUGCUGACAUUGGAAUAACAAUUCUGAUCGAACGUGGCCUCAUAAAAGUUGAAAGGAGCAACAAACUUGAAAUGCAUCCUUUGUUACGAGACAUGGGAAGAGAAAUUAUUUGUCAAGAAUGCCCAAAGGAACCGGGGAAAAGGAGUCGAUUAUGGUUUCAGGAA